AUGGCUUCCCCUGAACCACCCUUCAAGGUCAAAGCCUUGUUCGACUACACGUCUCCGCACGCGGACGACCUCAACUUCCCCGCCGAUGUCGUAAUCACCGUGUCGGCUCUCGAAGAUGACGAUUGGUACUUCGGCGAAUACGUGGACAAGGCUACAGGCGACAAGAAGGAGGGAAUAUUCCCCAAGAACUUUGUAGAGCGUAUUGUGGUCGAGGUGCCAGCGAGGCCUACGAGGAGCGGUGCCCGAAAGAAGGUCGAGUCCGAGGUCGAGCCAGAGCUGCCUACGAGCCCUGUCGCGGAGAGGGUAGCUCCACCGCCAAUGUCCCCGCCACCUAUCGAGAAGCCGGAUCCCGUUCCCUUUUCGCCCCCGAUUUCCAAACUCGUCGAGACGAGAUCUCCUCCGCCGCCGCCGCCUGCUGAGUUGCCGAAACAGGUGGAAGCACCCCGAUCGUUAGCGCCGAAAGCUGCCGCGAAACCCCCGCCUCCUCCUGCCCAAGCUGCGGCCGAUAAACCGGGUCCGUCGAAUAAGCCUCCACCUCCGGAUAAGCCGUCGUCGAGCUCUUUUAAGGAUCGCCUUGCUCUGUUCAACAAGGGAGGCGCAGCUCCGGUCACUCCCUACAAUCCGCUUAAACCUCGACAGGAUUUCGUCAAGAAACCGUUCGUCCCACCACCUCCCAGCAAGAAUGCGUAUGUCCCACCACCGAUCUCACAUGUCGCAAAACCCAAGAGAGAUGAGGGGGCGCCGCCGCCACCGCCUGCCCAUGCGGAGCCCUCGGCUAAAGCUUCCGGUGACGUCGAGCGCGAUGAGGAGGAAAACGUACCGAAGCAGAGCUUGAAGGAAAGAAUCGCUUUGCUACAAACCCAGCAGUUGGAUCCCAGCGCUUUGCCAGGCGUGAAGCCAAAGCCACGGCCCAAGCCCAAGAGAGUGACGAGUGAAAAGAGCGAGCAACAGCAGCAGCAGCAGCAGCCGGAAGAGGCCGAAAUCACUUCCCCGCUGUCUGCAACUACCGAGACUGGCAGGAAAUCCCACGAUGAGCCGCGGCCCGAGAAAGUGGUAGACGUAGAAGAGGAAAACGUUCCGCCGCCGCCGCCCAGAGCCCAGAGGAGCAUGGAUAUCAAACGGGAGGAGAUCGCGGAUGAUAGCAGCGUCGGCGAUGCGGAUGUUUCCUCGGCUUCGGUCGGCCCAAGUGAGGCAAGAGUUCGUCGUACAGCCCCUGCGCAUCAAUCGGACUUCGGUGACGAUGAAGGUGCAAACGAUACUCCAGAUGUACCGGAUUCGGAUGACGAGGAGGAGGAAGAGAUCGAUCCUGAGCUUCAGAGGAAGAUAGCGCUUAGGGAAAGAAUGAUGAAGAUGAGUGGUGGCAUGGGAAUGCAUGGGAUGUUUGGUCCGCCCCUAGGAAUCCCGAUGGGCGCACCGGCAAAAAAGAAGAAGAGCACUGGCGGUAAAUCCAUAACUGGCGAGGACGAAGAAGAGAGGUCCCCCGAGGUCCCUCGUGCUCCAGUUCCAGUGCUGCCAUUUGCCAUGCCCAGAGUUCAAUCGCCGCCAGCAGUGGAGCAUGAGCCGGAAGAGGAGGAGGACCAGUCCAGGCAAGCGCCGGCCGGCCACAGAAUUUCAGAGGAUUUACCUGCCGAUGAGCCUGUGGAUCUGGAAGACAUGAAGCCGACGGAGAAGCACCCCCACGGCCCACGGCCAAUGCCUCCGCGGUCUCCGCCGACUGCCCACGACGAUGUACCUGGUUCACCACCACCUCCCCCAACCGAACGUCCUGUUCCUCGCCCCCCAACGGCUCCUGAAGGCCGUCCGGCUCCACCCCCACCGCCGCCAGUACAGACGAAGACACCCUCUGAAGGGUCUGAGUCGGGCGAUGAGAUGUCAACAACCACGACCAGCAAAGGAAGCGUAAAUGCAGAUCAGCCACGAAGUGCGCCUCCUCCUCCGCCGCCGCCGGUCUCGUCUCGCCCUUCGUCUUCGGGCACGGGUAUGAUGUCGCCAUCCUCUCCACCGCCCAGACGUCAGUCACAGUCCUACUUUGGUAACGCGCCGAUGUCACCUGGUGGGAGCACGCCGCUUUCUCCUAACGCUGCCGCAAACAAGCGCGCUAGUUAUCAGAGAGCUGCCGGAUCGAUUCCUCCAGUUCCCGGCGCAUUCCCUACGACACCUGCUGUCACCAGGCCUCCGCCUCCACCUCCUGUACCAGAGCGACAGAGUCACGAUGAGUCGCGGUCUGAUACCGAUGAAGAGGUGACGGAAUACGAGGCAGAUUAUGAUACGGAUAUCGCAAACAAGGUUGCGCAUCGGGAUGCCCUAACCGCUCAGCAUGGAAAGGAACGUCGUGACCCCAGUCAAGACGAUACACCACUGCCCUCGCCAAUCGUCACUCCGGUCCAGGCUCCAACACGCGCGGUCCCGCCACCGCCUCCUAUCCCCUCAAACCCAACUCCGGCGGCACGGUCGAGCAUAGACAUGCCCAGAGCUCCCCCUCCUCCCCCUCCCCCGCAGGCACCCGCAGCCCUUCCGGUGUCAGACGACGACGAUGACAGCGGGGACGAACCGUACGAUCCUUAUAGCUACAACUCGCCAACGUCCGCAUACCAACCACCUAAUGCUCUGCCCCCACCACCUCCUCCCCCAGGACAAUACUCGUCCCCUCCACCUCCCCUGCCACAUGCUGCGCCUCCCCAUCCGCCAUCGACUCCAGGAGAGAGACUUCCAUCACGCGGCGGUUCCAGGCCAUCGAUGGAUGCGUCCCGCGGCGGGUCCGGGCGCACGUCAUUUGACUCCCCACGACCUACGGGCUCUCGUGCUUCAAUGGAUGUGCCGCGUGGUGGCAUGGGCAGCCGGCGCUCUAUGGAUCAAAGUCGGCCACACUCGGACUAUGUCGCGCGCGACAUCGACCUCGGAGAGGGCUCUGUGUGGUGGAUAAAGACGAACGCGCUUCCUCCCACGCUGCAGACUCGCGGCAAGGAUCUGAGAUACGAGAUGGACGAAACACCUCAUGCCGAUUCGGGACGAAUGGUAAUUCAGAAAGAGGUGUAUGUUCUGUUCCACGACUACUCCCAGACGGUAAUCAGUGUCCGCUACGACCGCGAUGACCCUUCAAACGCCACUGUCACGCAACGUCACGAAGCACCGCCGUCUCAGCCCCGCCAGGACCAACUGGAGGAUUUCCAAGCGCAGUAUGGAGCUAAGAUUUUCAAUGGUGUUAAAUCUCGCGAGGGAGCUGUCGUCGGGGACGGAGAUCCAAUGUCGCUUAUCAAAGAGCUAUUCACACUGGUUCCAGAGGCUUUGCUGCCCGUAGGAACCCGGGCUUUCGGCUGUCUUGUCUACGCCAACCUGGCCAAUGCCUCCACGCAGCAAUUCGACGAGAUCAGACCUGGAGACAUCAUCACUUUCCGUAACACACGGUUCCAAGGCCACAAGGGUGGGCUGCACCAGAAGUACUCGGUAGAGGUCGGAAAGCCCGAGCAUGUGGCGGUGGUCAUGGACUGGGAUGGGACAAAGAAGAAGAUUAGAGCAUAUGAGCAGGGCAGGGAGUCGAGGAAGGUGAAAUUGGAGAGUUUCAAGAUUGGGGAUCUCAGGAGUGGCGAGGUUAAGGUGUGGAGGGUCGCGGGCCGUAACUGGGUUGGAUGGGCUCCGCAGGAGUAA